GUGAUCUGUUUAUUGUUGUAACAUGUCAGCAACUGUACGCUGUAAAAAAAGCAUGUCGUAAUAAUUUAACACAUUUACAAGUUACCUAGUAUAUUGUGUCUGUUUUUUAAUGGACGCUUUAUUGAGACAAUAUAUGUGCACAUAGCCUAUUGGCUGAACGUGAGCCCUUUAAAUCAUUGCUGAGAUGAUCGAACCCAGGCAGCCGAACCGAAGAAGAGGUACAGAUAUCCGGUUCUGCCAAUGUGAGGGAGAGAUCCGAUGGUUCUCCAAAACCUCAGAGACUCGCUCCUCUGCGCCUCCUUCAACCAGGACAUAACGCAAAAAGUGGACAACUGCUUCUAUUUGAAAACAUUCACUGCAGAAAACAAGGUCCUAGGCUGUUGGCGGUAAGAAUGGCUAUAGACUUUUUUCUCUGUUGACAGAAUGGAUUGUAUUCAUCUGGACGGUACGUUAAAAUUGCAUUUUAUAUGAACAACAUGUUCAUGUAGCCCACCAGUUACAGUAUAUUAUCAGUGUUUAAUCAGUUUUAAAGAGUCUUUGUUUUCGCCCUAUAAGGGCAGACACAACUAUUUCACUGCUGCCAGCUUUGGGAAGUUUCUAAAAUACACAGAACUAAGGCAAGGGUCAGGUCAUCUCAGACUCAUGUGUACAUGUUUGAACAGAGGCAAUUAACACACAGUAAAAAACGUGAAUUCUUUUUAUUAUGACAAAAUAUUUUUCUUUGUCUUUGUUUUUUGGUAGAAAGCCCUGAUUUGUACAUUGCUGAGCGGCUCUUCUCCAGUAGUCUACUGGGGGUUGUGAGCAGAUCUACACCAAUUCGAAUGAACUUCUACCAUUUUAAGAAGGGCACAGAGAUCUGUUACUUCAGUUACACCAGCAACAUUCGCGCUGUCAAACUUAACCGUCAGGUUACCAAGUACAUACAUACUCUUCAGCAAGGUAGAACUUCUAAUGGCUUGCUAACACAAACUUGGGGUAAUGUGAACUAUUCCAGUGAUCCUGGUAUAAUUACAUUGAGUUCUGAGCUUUUGUCCUUAUAAGUUAUCAGCUUACAAAUAUAAUUUUUAAGGACAGUUGUAUGCCAAUAGUGGAUAUUUUCUUUUUCAGAGACUUGUAGUUUGUUUGAAGGAGGCUCUGUACAUCCAUAAUGUCAAAGACAUGAAACUUCUGAAGUCUGUUCUCGACACACCGCCAUACCCCAAAGGUUAACAAUGACAAUCACCUUAGUACUUACUACCAGUAAAACAACAACAUUAUAAACUAUUUGUUAAAUAGAGACCAUUUUUUUCCAUUUUAUCAAAAAAAGGAGUCCAUUAAGAGAGCUUUAAGAGAAAAUUUCUUUGGUAUUUUCAUUUGUCUGUUUAUAAUGUGAAUACACUGAUGUAAAAUUGGUCAAAAACAGUCCAUAAUGCUGUUCCGUCCCCUUCAAUUCGAUUUGAUCAAUCCAUUACACAUCAGGUGUAUGCUAAGUAAGAAAAUGUGAACCUUGGCCACUCACACUCAAAACAAGGAUUUAAGGUUCCCCCACCUUCACAAUCCCAGUUUUACACCUGGAUACACUUGUGGUCAUUAAAAGUCAUCAUUUCAAUUUUGUUUUAUCGUCAUCAGUCCAUUAAUUGUAACAAUAUUAAAAUAUAUUUCUGAUAGCCCUGUGCGCCAUUUCUGUCAAUCAUUCCAACUCAUACCUGGCAUACCCUGGGAGUUUCACUGCUGGAGAAAUUACACUUUAUGAUGCUAUGAACCUGGUGAGAAUGUUAAGAACCCAUCUGUGACUAACUUAGAUUGCCCUUAAAGGAAAUCUACACUCACAGUACCACUUUUGUUGUUUUAGAGUAUGGUGACCAUGAUCUCUACCCAUGCCAGCCCUGUGGCAGCAAUUUCAUUCAAUGCGUCAGGAACCAAUCUGGCCAGCGCUUCAGAAAAAGUGAUGAGUUGAUGAAGUAGUGCUCUUGAAUAUAUACUUCAUGACAGACUUUGCUGGAGAUAUCCUUUUAAUCUUGUGAUAAUACAGGGCACUGUAAUAAGAGUUUUCAGCUUACCUGAAGGAGUCAAACUGUUUGAAUUCCGCAGAGGAAUGAAGAGGUAAAUGUACUGAAAUGAAUCAGAUUAUUUAAUACUGCUGUUAUAGGCUGGUUUGACUGGGGGGGUCACAUAUUCUGUUUUGGUAGAUAUAGUAAAUGAUCAUAGUUCAUUGCAAUCAUAAUUAAAAAAAAAAAUAUGUGAUUAAACAGAUAAUUAUUUAUUAGAUAAUACAAUACUGUAAACAUAGUAUUUUUCAUUUAUAAUAAGUAUUUAUUUAUUUUUUAUUUAAAUUGUAAGCUGGAUAUUUUUGGAGGUCCCCAAAUUUUUUUUACCCCCAGACCCAGCCUUGCUGUUAAACUAUUUUUUUUAUGUUUACAUAAAAAAGGAACUUCUUCUACCUGAAAUGGUUAACCCAAUUUUGUCAGUGUUUAAAGUACCCUCAGGCCAUAUGAAACCUGUGAGACUAGGCAAAAAAGUAUGGAAGUAUUCAGAUGGUCUAGUUUGCAAAAGCAAUAAUGUUUGAACCAUACUUAUCCAGUGACUGCAGUUAACGCCUCACGGGAUCAAAUGGAAAUUGUUUGUGAGGCUGCAAAACACCUGGAAGGUUCCAAAAGGUUGAAUGUAGUCGAAUUGUCCACUUUUUCGACUGAGCGUUUGCUACCGUUCUCCUCAGUAUGUCCGGCCUGAAGAACAUAUUAGCUCUGGCCCUUCGAGUAGAAAUAGACAGUGGGUGUUAAUGUUGCGUGGUAAUGUUUAUAUUACGUGUGUAUGAAGAUGAUUUCAGAGUAGAUUAGAAGUUGUAAGCAUGUGAUAUCUGGUCCUACUCGCCCUGCUCCCGCGGGCCUCGAACUGGCAUCGGUCCGGCAUGUGACACAUGCGCACUAACGAGGAGGCUAAAGACCACAGCCACUAGCAUCUGUGGCUAGAGCAUCUCUAUUGGUCUGGGAGUGAGAUUUACUCGCACAGCUCUCUCUCGCUGGCCCCCUUUGCUCAUGAAAGUACCUAAAUGUUGUUAUUUGUGCUUCUGUGAUUGGUAACAGUAUCCAGAAGGUUUCACAUAUUCUGGUGGCUUCCUUAGAUGGUCAUCUCUACACAUACAGAUUAGAUCCCCAGGAAGGUGGACACUGUCGCUUAGUAAAGAAACACAGAUUGUUUGAGAGUGACGAUGAGAAUCCAGUGGUGUCAGAUCCGGAGGUUGGAAGCCCAUCCUAUGCCUCAACUGUUGCUACCACCUCAAGCCAAGACUCUCCAUCCUCCAGUUCACUCACAGGUCUGAAAUCCACCAGCAGAGGUUUCGUCUGGUUUCUUCAUUAUGGCCAGUGGCGAUGAUGAUGAUCCAAUUAUACAAGAAAUUGAUGUCUACCUGGCCAAAAGUCUUGUGGAAAAGCUUUAUUUGUUUCAGUACCCAGUGCGUCCUGGUAGCAUGAGCUACGAUAAUGCCGCUCAUUUGUCUGCAAGAAUUAAACCCAAACACCAAAAGGUUGAACUUGAGGUUGCCAUGGAUACCAUGAGUCCAAACUACUGCCGCAGUAAAGGGGAGCAAAUCGCUCUUAAUGUCGAUGGCACUUCCUCAGAGGAUUCCAACACAUACUCCUCGAAAUUGAUGGACAAGCAAGCAUUCUCUUCGAUCCAGGCUACUACAAAUACAUCCCGCUAUGCUGCAGCUGUGUUUCGCAAAGGAGAGCUUCAUCUCACUCCAUUGCAAGGAAUUCUCCAGAUGAGACCAAGUUUCACAUAUUUGGACAAAGCUGAUACUAAACACAGAGAAAGAGAGGCAGCCAUUGAAGCCGGAGACUCUUCUCAGGAUGAGGCAGAAGAUGACGUGAAACAAAUCACUGUGAGGUUUUCCAGACCUGAGUCAGAACAGGCCCGUCAACGGCGCAUCCAGUCAUACGAGUUCCUGCAGAAGAAACAGGCGGAAGAGCCCUGGAUCCACCUGCAGUAUCACGGUGUAAAGGACGGGCGCUCUGAACAUGAGCGUCAGUAUCUUUACUGUCAGGCCAUGGAUACCACAGAGAAUACAGAGCUGGUGAAAACCCCAAGUGAAUAUCUGUCUAUGCUAAUGCCUCCACUGGCUGAAGAAAAAGUUGUCAAGCCGAUGGGUCCUAGCAACGUACUCUCCAUGGCUCAGCUGCGCACCCUUCCCUUGGGUGAUCAAGUCAAGACCCUAAUGAAGAAUGUCAAGGUUAUGCCGUUUGCCAAUCUGAUGGGACUGCUUGCAUCAGGCAUAGACUCCACCUCUGUACUGCGCUGUAUACAGCAGGUGGCGCUGCUGAUCCAGGGGAACUGGGUGGUGAAGAGUGAUGUGUUGUAUCCUAAGAACACAUGUAGUUCACACAGUGGAGUUCCUGCUGAAGUGCUCUGUCGGGGUCGAGACUUUGUGAUGUGGAGAUUCACUCAAGAAAGAACCCUGAUGAGAAAAGAAGUUGCUGCUACCAUAAAGCUGCCUCCAGAAGAUGUGAAGGACUUCCUGGAGCAGAUGUCUGUUCCUAGGUUAAACAGAGGCUGGGAGUUCCUGUUGCCUACAGAUCACGACUUUGUGAAAAAUCACCCCGAUGUGGCACAAAGACAACACAUGCUUUGGCUAGGCAUUCAGUCCAAGUUGGAAAAAGUUUUCAACUUCUCCAAAGAUGACUUUGUGCCUAAAAAAGAUGCACACAUGGAGCCCGUUCAUGUUAGCGGAGACCAACGCCUCAAAACCGCAAAGGACAGCGCCCAGGAGAAGCACACCAUUCUCCAGAGGGAAUUAGAUGCUCGUAGAUUAAAGACAUCCAGGCCCCCGGGGGGUUCCGGUGAAGCCAAUGACUCCGUACGAGUCAAACAAGAGCCCAUGAGUGACUCUGAAGAGCCCAUGGACACCUCAGGCUCUCUCUCAAACGGCACAGUCAAUGGAUACCCGGACUCUCAGAUCACGGACCCUCAUAACGGACACGGGGGCAGUAACGCGCCCACCCCCGAGCUCCAGCACUUUGUGCGAAACAUUUUUCUGAAGCACUUUGUGUUGAGUCUGAGCGAAUUGAAGAGGUUGUUUAACCUGCAUCUGGCCAGUUUGCCCACAGGGCACGCCGUGUACGGUCACGUUACAGACCGGAUGCUGCAGGACACCAUACUUCUGAGCCAUUGCAAACAAAUCCUGGUCCCUUUUCCCCCUCAGAGCAAUGCCCCCGCAGAUGAGCAGAAAGUCUUUGGUUUGUGGGAGAGUGGAGAAACCUUUGACAAGCACCGUCAGGUUUUGUUUGAGAUCUUCAUGAAGAACUAUCGUGUCAGGCGAAACGUGAUCCAGUCUCGUCUCACGCAGGAACUGGGUGAUGCCGUCACUAAAACAGAUGUUGAUAGACUUCUCAAGGAAUGCUGUAUUAGUUUAGGAGGGAUGUGGUACCUGAAGGGUACUGUCCACUCCUGACAGGAUGCAUGGGAGUCCCGGGUAUCAUAUCGAUCACAGCUUCUCCCUCAGAGUUUAGUGAGAGAAAACUUUACACAGGGAGGCAGAGGAAACACACAAACCAAUCAUUGCCCUCAGCUGAAGAAGACCAGGGCAGGGGACGUCAAUCCAUCACUUUGGAGCAUCUGCAUACGUUAAUGCACUCAUUAAUGCAUCCAGAAGAGUCAGAGACCAUAUCUGGUCCAAGCUCACAAAUCACAUUACCAUGUCAGAAAAGGGCUGGAUCUGUUGGAUCCUGUGUACAUUUAAUUUCAAAGAAAGGAGAUGCUAGACUUUCAGAUGCUUUUGGUUGUUGUUUUUUAUGAGGUAAUAUAAAUAGUUAUAAGUAAUAAAGAGAAGCCGAGACAAUGGUUAUGAUUUUAUGGUUGUGGCCUUUAAGAGCUUCUUGACAGAUUUUGGCCUUGUUCAGAAGAGUAAGAUGACCGAAAAAAAAGAUGUUUUGUUUGAUGAGUUGCACAGAUUUUAUUGCAUAUUAUUUCCUGAAUUAUUGUUUUCUUUUUGUCCCACACUUAAGCAUGGAUACUGUAACUCAAAAGAAAAAAGGUGCGAGAAAACACUUAAAGAUAAAAAGAUAUAAACGGGCACUUGGUCAUAUUCAACUUAUUAUUCUUUAUGAAAUUUUAUUUUUUUCUAUGUUAGGUCUGCAAAGGUUCUCUUUCACUCUAUGCACUUCUGUGCUGUGUUGUCUUUGAAAUGUUUACACUUUCCUUACAUGGAUGAGUUGAACCAAAGCUUUGACGUCCAAAAUGGUUCUCGUUGGGAUUAAAAAAUGGAUUAUGGAAGCAGUUUGAAUCAUAGAAAAAGGUUUUGAAUAUUGCCACAGAUGAGCGGCCAAAUAAAUUUAUGAAUCAUGA